CAAGACUAAAAAACAAAUCGUGUAAUGCGACCAUUGGCCGACAGUUUCCUGCCUAAAAUCUUACUCAAAAUGGAGAAUUUACGAUUAAUUCUGGGAUAUUUCAUAUUUUUGAUCGUGGCGGAACUUUCCUCAGGCAUCAUGCAUGAUCUAACUGUCAUAGUUCCUCCUGGAAGAAGAGAGUGUUUCCAUCAAACAAUGAAGACCGGUUUUAACUUGGAAUUCGAAUUUCAGGUAUUGGAAGGAGGAGAUUUAGAUAUCAACUUUAUUUUACGCUCACCAACCAAUAAAGCCCUGGCAACGGAGGCAAGAAAACAAGAUGGCAUCUAUUCUUUCAAUUUACAAGAAACAGGGGACUACCUCAUGUGUUUUGAUAACUCCUUCAGCAGAAUCUCAGAAAAGAUUGUAUAUUUUGACUUGGCCUUAGACUACGAAGACGAUGGAGAGUCGGACGUUCCAAAAUGGAUGGAUGCGGUCGCCAAUAGAAACGAAGAGGUGGAAAUAACCAUGGAGGAAAUACAAACCUCGCUGGACAUCGUCAGUGACAACAUGCGCAAGUCCCAGACCCACCAGCGACAGUGGCGCAACAUUGAGUUCCGCGACCGCUAUCUCUCCGAGCGCAACUUUGAGCGCGUUAACUUCUGGUCCCUCGUCAACACCAUCGUCAUGCUGGUCACCCUACUCAUACAGGUCAUCAUGAUCCGGAGCCUGUUUGGUAAUACAACCAAAGUGAGAACGUGAUCACCGUCUUACAUUCAAAAUGAGUUGAUAAUAUAAGCCUUGUUCAUACUUGGUUUAUUUAGCGAUUAGUUAGGAUUAAGAGCAGAUUUUUAUUUACAUGGGAGAUUAGGCCUACAAAAAAAAGAUGUUGUAUUGCCCUUUGCGACCAACCCCAAAAUAUUGAAAUCUAUGGUCGGCUUUUUACAAACAGAAACAAAUUACCGCUUUUUAGAGAAAAUGAAAAUUUUAAGCAUUCAAAACUGAGAAAUAUCAGCCAAAAGAGGGACAAAAAAAGAAAAAGAUUUUCAAUCGACCAACCCAUGUUUAGGCACCUGAAGGGCAAUACAACAUCUCUCUUUUUUUUAGGCCUUAUGAGCAGAUUUUUAUUUACAUGGGAUGUAUUUCCACGCCCAUGCUGCCCCCAGGUUCGUCUUGAUGACUAAUGCAUGUGUGAACAUGAUGGGAUGACAAUGGGUUAAAUCAUAUGUACAGUAUAGGUCAUGUUCAUACAUGGUGACUCCUGAGCAAUAAGCAAUUGGUUACCAGUAAUGUUUACUUUCAAUUAUUUGAGCGUUUCCUUGCCCAUGAUAUAAAUUACUGGAGACUUGUUUCGUCAGAGCCAGAAGGGCAGUAACUGUAUUUAUAAGGACAGGACCCUGUUUCACUAAACUUGCAUCAGUGACAGCUUUUGUUGAAAGCUAAUGAAAUCCUUGCUUCUGAUCGGUUAUCGGCAAGUUUUUCACUGAUUUGUUUCAUUGGAUAAAGGCUUUGUGAAACGGGUCUCUGGAGUUAACGCCUCUCUGGCUCUCAGUAGACGAUUUAAAAUGUUCCAAAAUGAAUUUCCUUAGCAUCCACCUAGGCCCUGUUUCACAAAACCUUUUAUCUAUAACAAAUGCUAAAUUUCUAUGAUAAAUUUACUCUCAGCCAAUCAGAUGCCUUGAUUUUAGUAGCUUAUAACAGUAGCCUGUAACUUGUUAUUGAUCACAAGUUUUAUGAAACAGGGCUCUGGUAGCAAGAAACAAUGUUAUACGAUAAUGACACUUAAUGAGUACUUAAUAUUGGUAAAUACUUAAUUUGAUUCUUGCAGUUUUUUCCUUGGAAGAAAAAAUUAUUACCCCAGAACUUAUUCAACAUUUGAGGGGGCGUGAUGGCUCAGUUUGUAGAGCAAUGGUCUCACUAGUGCCCUUUGGUAAGGCAUUAAUCCUCAUUACCAGGUCCCUCAGAGAGGACCUAAAGCCGUCUGUCCUCUGGUUGCUUUCUAACAAGCAUUUAUGCUUUCUUAGCAGUCAGGUAAAAUAACCACCACUACUAAUACUACAUUAUUUUAUUAAAAUAUACCAAAUUUUAUUGACUGGUUUACUCACCAUGAACUCUUAGAGUGAGAAUAAUUUAGUACAUAUAUAAUUUGUAUAUAUACAGUAUCUUCUUACGGAAUGUAUACCAAAUAUGAAUUUUCAAAUAUAAUUUGAUAUACUACUAUUUGAAAUAGUUUAUGAAAGGAACCUCAACAUGACGCUGAAGACCAAACAAAAUAGUCAGUCCCAUGUAUGUCUGUAUAUCGUUGUGACGUUUUGAAUAACGUUUUGAUUAUUUCUAUGGAUUGUACUGCUUUAAGAGAUUUAUGUAAAUUCUUUGUUAUACAUGUAAAACCAAUCAGUGCCUUGGAAAGGUUUGUUUACUUUACACUUGAUGCAGGUAACUGCAAAUAAUUAAACAAAAAAUGUUUUGGGGUAUUUUCUAUUACGCAUAGGUGAACGGCAAGUAGGAAUGAAACAAUUCUCUUCAUGCAACUAAGGUCUUAAGCGUAUAUAGUAAAAAUUGAUUUGAUUAUAACAUGGUUCUUGGGACCGAGGAAAUUAAUUUGUUAUAUCAGGGUUAAAAAACAGAAUAUAAAGAGCUGGGACCAGCAAAAUCACCUUGUUAUAACAGAGCUCUUUAUAAUGAGGUUCCACUGUAUAUACACUAUCUUUGUGUUAAAAGAUACAGGAUUGUUAAACUGGAAUGCUUAACUCUAAACAUCAUUACGAGAAGAAACAAAUUGAUGGUUAAUACCUGCAUCAUAUUUGAACGAACCUUAAAUAUAUAUAUAAAUUAAUGUACUCUUUGUUGUUAUACUAUCAGAAUGUUAUGUGCAGAUACAUUGUAUCAGUUUCCUUUUUUCAAAGAUGAUGACUUAUGGCACAACUAUUUUGUCAAAUUUACAAUAAUUUGUUCACUUUUGUCAAAUUGUUGUCAAAUAUACAAUAAUUUGUCAAAUUUUGUUCAAUUUUGUCAAAAUGUUGUCAAAUUUACAAUAACUCAAGCUUCCAGCUUACCUACUGUUAACUGUAAUAAUGUGGAUGAAUGCAUCUGAUUAGACAUUGUUUUUUCUUUUUAAUUUAGUGCUUCCUUUUACCGGUUGCCAAAUAAUUUUUAAUUAUAAUUUGUUAGUUUUGGGGGCCUCUGUUCACUCAUAAAAUUGUAGUAGGCAUAGAAGCCAAAUAAUAGCAUAUCCGUAAAUGAUGUGGUGUAAAUUGUUAAUUGACAAUUAGCUGAGUACUCAGGGGGUAGUGGGAGUUGUUUUUAUUUUUCUUAAAAAUUGUUUGGGCUAUGAUUUUUUCAGCUUAUAUACAUGUAGAUGGUGGUUUGGCUAAUUUAUUUCACUUUUCUUACUCUGUUGGUUAUUUUUCUAUUCCAUUUUGAUACAGCGGUCAGGGAAAAGUGAGUUUGUGUGUAUUUAUUACUGAAUAAGAACAUCGUUUGUCGAUCGUUACAGUAAUUUAAUGAAUUGUGUAUCUUACUUAUGAAAUCAUAAUUGCAGAACAAGGUUUUAUUCACAUAGUUGAAAAGAAAUUCGAAUUUCCCUUCAAGAAUUUUGUUGGUCAUAUAUGCGCCCUAAAAUUUAAUUAUAACACAGUUUUUUUACUGUACAACCCUGUAUGGAAAACAAAAAUUCUGUCAUCAAAAAUGAAGAAAAUAAAAGCUUAUGAAGCAGGUUUCAUUGUACUUCGUAUUUUCCUCAAAACAAUUCUCAUCAAUUAUUUUGUAUAGUUGAUCGCCUAGAACACGUUUUUAAAACGUCCCUUUUGCCUAUGUGGAAUUGCCUAUGUGGAAUAGCCUAUGUGGAAUUGCCCAUAGAUAGUGUAUGAGUACGGGAAUUUCAGCUUUGGAUUUAUGUAUUUGUAGCAACAAAAGAAGAGAAUAUCUGCACAAAGUGUUGAUAUUCAUAUGUACUUUGCUUUUCCUAAGAUUAAAUAUAUCUUAAGCUAUAAUA